AAUGUGCUAGGACCGGUACUGCAUGCACUACUCAGACAGGUGCAAAUGCCUCAGCCCUCUGACUAAAGCUGGAGCUCAGGUGUGGGAGAGAGAACAAAGGAGUGGACCUACACAUCAAGCAGGGGGCAUCGUACGUGGUCCAAACUUAGUUCGGCGUCUUAAGAACCUUUAUUUUGGAAUUACGGAUACCACACAAACCACUGAGUACUUGAACCAUGACCUCCAAAGUGGUAGUUGUGCUCGUAAUGUUAUACCUGUCAGGAUUUACCUGUGGGAUCCGACUUGAUGGCUAUGGGUACACAGAUAUUCUAAUAGCUAUCAACCCCUCUGUGACUGAAGACCCUUUGCUCAUUGAACAAAUAAAGAAAAUGGUGUCUGACGCCUCCUCGUAUUUAUUUCAAGUUAUGAAAAACAAAUUGUACUUCAAGGAUGUGACAAUAUUAGUACCCCCAAAGUGGACAGGAAAGUAUUCCAGAGCAAAUACUGAAAUAUAUGAAAAGGCCAAUAUCAUAAUAGAUGAGCCAAACUUAUCAGAUGGGAAUCGUCCUUACGCUCUUCACUAUGUUCAAUGUGGAACUGAGGGUCGCUAUAUCCAUCUGACUCCAGAUUUCUUGAAAGAUGAUAAACUCAUUAAAUUAUAUGGACCCGGAGGUAGGGUCCUUGUACAUGAAUGGGCACAUCUAAGAUGGGGUAUUUAUGAUGAAUAUGAUGAGAAAAAACCCUUCAAUACAGACAAUGGCAAACUGGAGGCUACAAGAUGUACUAAGGAUAUUACAGGAGAGUGGCGAUCCAUCCCCAGUGGAGCCAUGUGCACACCGACCAAUAUCAACGGGAAGCAGUCCGACUGUUACUUCUUCCCACUUAAAAAAAAGUGGGUUUCUUUCAAAAACUCAAUUUAUAAAGCCUUUGGUAUUUCCUACUUUAGAUGGAUUGGUGGAGAAUGUCACAAUGUCAACUCUGUCAACUCUUUUAAUAAAAAAAUGUUGACAAAUUGUUUUGUGUCCAUCCACGUACAUUUGCCUGUGUGCUUUGAUUGGUGUAGUGAGUUUUUGAGGGUGUGUGUGCAUGUGCAAGAGUUUGGGAAGGAGCCUAAACAUCUUCAGUACAGUCUCAGUCAGAAGCCUGGGAGGAGUCAAAUUCCCAGCCUGAAUUAUUGUCUCAGUCCGUCCCUGGGCAGAAUCAGUCACAAUGUCAACUCUGUCAACUCUUUUAAUAAAAAAAAUGUAGACUAAUUGUUUUGUGUGUCCAUCCACAUACAUGUUUCUGUGCUGUGACAGGUGUGAUUAGUUUUUGAGGGAGUGUGUGUGCGUGUGCAAGAGUUUGUGGGAGCCCAAACAUCUUCAGUACAGUUUCAGAGGCCUGGGAUGGAGUCAAAUUCCCAGCCUGAGGUAUCGUCUCAGUCCGUCCCUGGGCAGAAUCAGUCUAUUUUCACAACCAGAUAUUUUAAUAAUUAACGAUGGCAUCCUCACUCAGCAGUCCUCAUCUUGUAUUUUCAGACUCUCGCAGGUCACAUUUAAAUGCAGUUAUGCAGUGUUACCACUAGGUGACAGACAUGCUCUUCUGUGUUGUCUUCUAUACGUCACUGCAACAGUAACAAUCCUACACUGGCUGUCCUAAUAGUCUCAAAAGACUGUUUGAUAACAGUCCUUAUAGUGCACAAGAGUAUGGUUACAUCAUGUUUGUAUGUCUUGAAAGGAUGACUUCCAACAUCUCACUAAGCUGACUGGUUGUGUGUGUGUGGACAGGCUGUUUUACAUGUCUUUUCUGGUCUCUCUUAUGCAGUCACCAGACACAUCUUCUGUAGCUCUUUGUCCUUCCACCUCAACAUCUGUGUCCAAAACCCGCUGGAAUGUUGACCAGUGGGUGACUGGAGAGAAACAUCUCCACAGACUCGUCACCACGCACCAGCAACAAAUUGAAAACAUAACAACAACAAACUCCAAAACAGGGCUGCCA